CUCUUCCAUUCCAUAUUCCACAACUCUCUUUUCCUCUUUCUUUCUCAACUGCUUCUUUUUUAGGGUUCAACCACCGUCGCAUUCCACCGAUGAACACCGCCUCGCCUGCAGGUGGCUCGAUCACGCAUCAAGCCGAUGUUGUCGUUAAUGAUCAUGAUCACACCUCAGAAGAGGAUGUCUGCAGUAUAUGUCUCGACUCUUUUGACUCGCAUGAUAAUCCCCCCACUGUAACCACCUGCAAGCAUGAGUUUCAUCUCCAGUGUAUUCUUGAGUGGUCACAAAGAAGUAAAGAAUGCCCGAUAUGUUGGCAGGUGAUUGUGUUGAAGGAUCCAUCCAGUCAAGAGCUUCUGUCUAUGGUUGAGGAUGAAAGACGCAUAAGGUCUGUGCGCAGGGUUCGUCAUGUGUACGAGGAUCCAGAGGUUGAUCAUGAUGUUGAGUAUGCUGGUUCUGAAUUUGAAGAACAAGUUAUUAGAAACUUUGAGGCAGCUACAAGAAACAUGCAUUAUAGUAGAAGAAGGAACAACCAUAGACUUUUAGGAGUUGGUCCUUCACAAAUUCAUCCUUCGGUUCCUAGGGAUGAUGCGUCAACUGGACCGGAAAUGUAUACUUCACUUGAGGAUUUCCAUAGUUCUAGCUCGAUGUCUACUUCCAUUGAUCAAACUUCACCAUCUGCGGGUUCACUUAUUAAUAAUGCGACAUCUCAGACUCCUGACAACAGCGUUGUUGAUAGCCAGUCACCAAAUGGUAGCCCGGGAAGACCAUUAGCAGCUGAUAUUCAUGCAUUUUCAGAGUCUGUAAAAUCUAAGUUUUCUGCUGCUUCAGCCAGGUACAAGGAAUCAAUCUCAAAAAGCACUCAAGGUUUAAAGGCAAAAUUACUUGCUAAAGAUAGUUCAGUUAAAGAAUUAAGCAGAGGAGUUCAGAGGGAAAUGAGUGCUGGAGUUGCUAGAAUCUUUGGACGUUUGGAUUCUACGCUAAAAAGAAAUAACGAUGGAAACUUUUUCAAAGGUAAACGUACUCAAGAUAGUUCUGCUGAGACUCCUAGGGAUUUGAGCGCCAGUGUAGAAACUAUGCAUCUCUAAGUUGCUUCUUGGUGUGCGGAAAGGAAGUGAUAAUAGCAAAGUGACGUACACUGAUGAACGAAUCUGCCAUCGUGUUACUUAAUGGUUGGUUUGUUUGCGUCCUGCAAUAACUAUAUUUAGCAUUGUUCCAAGUUCCACUUAUGUUCCAAAAACAUUGGUUGUCUUAUAACUUUUCCGUCUUUGUUUACGAUUACUAUGACAAGAUGGGUGAAGAGAUGGAAAGAGAUUUGUUGGUGAAAUCCUUCUCUCUUUUCCCAUUUGUACUGUCUUUGCAUGAGAAUAUUCUUCUAUAUGAGUUCACAAAUGUUGCCUGUUGCAACUAAAGUGGAUGAUGAUGAUGAUAUGUGACCAGCAAUCUUCAUGUGUGUCUAAAAAAAUCAUUUUGAUUCUA